GUUGGUGACUGGAAGAGAGGGAGAAACAGAAGGAAAAAAAAGAAAAAGGGGAUUUGAGGAGAAAUGCGAAGCGCAUGCGCCAUCCGAAAGGUCUUUGCGCUGCGCAUCCGUGCCGCAGCGUGCUAGUUUGCGAGAGGAGGCGACUGAAGCAGGUGAGAGAGGGAGAAAAGGAGAGAGGGAGGGAUAGCCGGCGAGACUUUUUACUGCACUUCAGCACACAGAGACGCACACAUACGGUGUGGGAGGACGACAGACUCGGAGCCUCUCAGCAAAAGCCGCUGUUGUUCACACGCUGAGCUCUUUUCCUCCCCCUGGCACCGCGCGCGUUCGCCAAGCCGCACUGUUUGGAGAUAGUCCGCGCGGAAAGUUUUUUGGAGCAUACUGUCUGGAGCCGAUUAAUUGUGGCAUCUGUUUUUUUUUCUUUCUUCUUCUUCUUCUUUUAGCAAGGCGGAUGACUUACUCCUUUUUUUUUUUUUUUUUUUCUGCAUGUGAAGACUUUUAAGUCCGGCGGAGGAACUGUCAAAGUGUUUUUUGCUCAGAAUGGAAGGUAAAUUGACAAGUCGUUUGUGGCGAGGAACACCGUGUGGAUCUUUCCGCAGGUAAAAACGCGCUAUGACCUGAGCGUGUUAGCGGCUGGAUUUAAUGUUCAUUGCAAGACUUUCCGUGUUUUUUUUUUGGUUUGACAUAGUCUAGCUAUAAUCUGGAACAGUUUUUUUUUUUUUUUUUUUUACUUGGAUAGGGGAACAAAAAAGUAGGCCGCUUUCAAUUAGAAGAGAAUCGACAAAGUACAUUCGACAUUUCCGUCAGGGGGCAUUUUGGGUUGCCGUAGAUGGUUUCAUUUCUUCAUAUUUACCGCAAAGUCACGCACUGAUUCAUUAAAAGGAACUGAUCAUUUCCUUUACACUGUCUUUGGACAUUAUAUGUAUACCCCGCUGCUUCCUACCAGCCCUAUAAACUGUUUGGCGCACGGAGCGCAUUCACCGAUUGUUGGUCGUCCGUGUUCACCAAAACACCAAACCUGAAUAACUCUCUCAGCUGUAGCUUUUACGCGUUCUUCACCCCAACCAAGCACUUUCCAAGAGAUCCGGAUAAAACGACCAGACUUGUCUUCACUGCAGCGGAAAAGGAAAUCUUAAAUCCACCUGGCCUGCACUGGGAUUAUUGGUUUGGUAUCGUCUGCAGAAAGUGGAUUACAACUUCUAACGGGCUGUGCUCCUUGAUCAGCGGCAGUAUGAACCUGGGGCUGGGCUGUGUCAGUCGGCCGGUUUGCUGGCCCUUUGGCAGCGUGUUGGACUCCAGACACUGUGUCUUUGCCCUCACACUCCUCACACUCCUCAUGCAGGUGGUGGUGGAGGCCAACUCAUGGUGGUCUCUGGCCAUGAACCCUUUACUGAUCCCUGAGGCCUACAUCAUCGGUGCCCAGCCUCUGUGCAGCCAGCUGGUGGGCCUGUCGCAGGGCCAGAAGAAGCUGUGCCAGCUCUACCAGGACCACAUGCAGUACAUCGGUGAAGGUGCCAAGACAGGCAUCAGAGAGUGCCAGUACCAGUUCAGACAUCGGCGCUGGAACUGCAGCACGGUGGACAACUCCUCUGUUUUCGGACGGGUCAUGCAAAUAGGCAGCCGAGAAACGGCGUUCACUUAUGCCAUCAGCGCAGCAGGGGUGGUGAACGCGGUGAGCCGUGCCUGCAGAGAGGGGGAACUCUCCAGCUGUGGGUGCAGUCGUGCGGCUCGCCCCAAAGACCUGCCACGAGACUGGCUAUGGGGCGGCUGCGGAGACAACCUCAACUACGGCUACAGGUUCUCCAAGGAGUUUGUGGACGCACGCGAGAGGGAAAAGAGCUACCCCAAAGGCUCAUAUGAGAGCGCCCGGCUGUUAAUGAAUCUUCACAAUAACGAAGCUGGAAGGAGGACGGUGUCAGACCUUGCCCACGUGUCCUGCAAGUGCCACGGGGUGUCAGGCUCCUGCAGUCUGAAGACUUGCUGGCUGCAGCUGGCUGACUUCCGCAAGGUGGGCGAUGCACUGAAGGAAAAGUACGACAGCGCAGCUGCCAUGAAGCUCAACACACGUGGGAAGAUGGUGCAGAUGCACAGCAAGUUCAACGCUCCCACAAGCCAUGACCUGGUGUACAUUGAGUCCAGUCCAGACUACUGCCUGAAGAACCAAAGCACAGGCUCCCUGGGCACAGUGGGGCGCCUUUGCAACAAGACCUCAGAGGGCAUGGAUGGGUGUGAGCUGAUGUGCUGCGGCCGCGGUUACGACCAGUACAAGGCCCAGAUAGUGGAGCGCUGCCACUGCAAGUUCCACUGGUGCUGCUACGUCAAGUGCAAGCGCUGCACCAAAAUCGUAGACCAAUUCGUCUGCAAGUGAGAAGAGGAGUGUUGCCUGUGUGUGUUUGCUUGCAGGCGAUGGGCAUACAUCUGUGUGUAUUCAGGAGCAGAGGAGCAAAGGAGUUGAACACAGAGAGAGAAUGGAAGAAAGAAACUAUAUAAAUUAUAUUUAUAGAGUUAAACAAUUAUGCCAUUGCAAAAAGACUGACUCUUUUUUUUUUUUUUUUUUUUUUUUCAAAAAAAAAUCUUAUGUCUUCAGAAACUGAGAGUAUCGUGAAAUAUUUAUUUUGAGAUUGUUAUGUUUUAUUUUGGCCCAGUCAUCACCGGCCGAUUUUAACCCCUGCAAGUGCCUAAAACUGGCUGGAAAUCUCCCCCUACCCCCACCACCACCUAACCCUUUUUUAAAUUUCAGAAUAUAAAAUAUUUCUUGUCAGAUGGGUCCCACUGUUUGCAAAAUUGGACUGUGCUUCCCAUUUCCAAACAAGAGAGUUGUGGCAUAGUUGACUAAGAGGUCCUGGUCUGUUGUUUAAGAAUGACUGUGUUGAGAGGAGAACGCCUGUGUGCUGUAGUGUGUGGAUGUGUUUUCAUGGGCCCAGUCCCAAACCAGCCUUCACAUCCUUACCGAAGUCUACUCGUCCCCUCUCACCACAUGUAGAGUAAGGAACACUGUUGGUUCAUACGAGUCCUACGAGGAGUACAAUGGGUACAAUAAGAGGGCUGUUUUGGGGAUUGGGCCAUUUAUUAAGCUGUUCCCCAGGUGCUGCAACAAGCCCUCCACCAUUAUGCACUUUGAUACAGACGCUUAAACCUGUCUGUAUGUGUCUGUUCAGCUGUUUUUUACUACAGUGCAUCAGCAGAUAUAUCAAUAUUAUAGCCUACUUUUCCAUAUUAAUUCAGAUUAUCCAUUUAACAUUAUUCUACAAUACUUAACAUGGUUUGAAUAUAUAUGGGCAAUGUUGUGGUUACAGUGGUGAAAUAUUCCAUGCUCUGUGUAUAUAGUAUGUCUAUCCAACCAAUCAGUAAACUGUAUUUAUUUUCUUUAACCAGAUCAUCCUUUUAAGCUUAAAACAAAAAAGCAUCAUCUCCAUAGAUCAAUAUUAAACCGGACAUCCCCAAGUUUUGAAGUCACUUUUUAAAAUGUUGUUCUCACUAAUGCGGCUCUUCACUGUUUUUGUAAAGGGAAAUGCACCUUAUUGUUUCAAAUCACAGAUUCUUUCUUCUCACUCAUGUUCAGCUUUACUGUUACACACAAAUAUAUAUAUAUAUAUCACAUAUGUUCAGAUUUGAUCAUUGCCACAGAUUUCCAGUACCACUCAGAUAACUGCUCAAUAUCCCUGUGAUGAUUUUCAAUAGACAAACUAUUUCUACCAAUCCAACCAUGUAUAUUUAUAAGCUUCUCCAUGAAUUUGAGGUUUGUUAAACAUAAUGUGUUAUAGCUGAUAUUUUGUUACUUUUUACAAAUUGGCUCAAUGCUCUACUUUGUUUCAAUAAAUAUCAAAUGUAAAACCA